UUGGGAGGGCAUCUUGAGAUGACAGACGGAAAAACCUGGGUUAUUAUUGGACUGUCAUCAGCAGUUUUGAUGACGUAUUUGUUCCCAGAGCUUUGUCGAAAAAUCCAGCAAGUCUCAAGGUUUCAAGAAGGUACACUGCCAAAGUAUGACCUUGUGAUUGGUAUUUUGUCAGCUAGAGACCACUUUGAACACCGACAAGUGAUCCGCGAAACAUGGAUGAAGGAUGUUAACAGUGCCCCGGGUGCAAGUAUGAAGGCAUGGUUUAUUCUGGGAGCACACCCUUGUCUCGUACCCCCGCUGGACAGAGUGGAUCCAUACAGCUGUCAGAGAUGGGAUGUUCAUUUAUCAGGUAUUUCUGAGAACAUUUGUGCACUUUUUCCAACAUUUGUUCAUAAACCAGGUGGGCAAGUUGAUACUAGGAAAGUCAAGGUAUCAUCCCUGGUAUCAUCCCUGACAUUUAAGGUCUUGCAUCCAAUUGUGCUCCUUAGAUUAGGGGUGUAUGAGGAUCUUCUGAGAGAUAAUCACACUGUGGAGGUGUGGCUAACAGAUUUACACUCACAGGAGGAAGUUGUUCGUGUAGUUUACAGCACUUUGGAUCAUGGGAUUGCGCAUCAGUUAUAUCACUACCAGACAACGGAACCAUUCCUUCUGCCCAAGGGCUUUGAAGGCAGAGUUUCUAUGUCCUGUAGCUGUGACAUUGAUGAGAUAGAGAUCACUGGACAUGUAGCAGAGCUGAACACUGCAGGAGGAGUGAUUCACAUUGAUCCGGAGGAAUGUUUGCUCUCCUUUGAUGAUUGUAACAAUGCUUCCAUGGUCACUUUCAUGUUUUCUAUUCAUGAUAAAAUUGGGUUGGAGAAGCACAUUUCCAGCAGAGACACACGGUUUGACAGGUGGGCAGAAAGAAUAAGACAGGAGAGCAAAAAGAUAACUGCGGAGAUUGAGGAGUUUGGUGACAUUAUGCUGGUGGACACCAUCGAUUCUUAUCGUAACUUGCCAGCAAAACUCUUACACUUUCAUCACAGAUUACAAAAGCAAAGCCAUCAGUAUUUUGUGAUGAAGACUGAUGAUGACUGUGUUGUGAACGUGAGAAAUGUGCUACAAGGGUUACAGCUCUUAAACAAGACAAAGGUGGCCAAAGUCUGGUGGAGCAGUUUUCGUGAUCAGUGGUUUGUGGAGCGACAUGGGAAAUGGAAGGAGAAUACAUUCACAGCUGAUGUGUACCCGAAGUUUGCCUGCGGUACAGGGAAUGUUGUAUCUGAUGAUGUCAGCAAGUGGUUGGCAGAAAAUGUGGGACACCUGCAUUUGUUUCAGGGAGAAGACGUGUCAAUGGGUAUUUGGCUAUCAGCUAUUGGAGUGGCAUAUAUAGAGGACAGUCGUUGGCAGUGUGAUGACACAUGUGUAGCCACCUCAUUAGCUAUUUCUCAACUAAGCCCUGGAGAUAUUCGCAGGAUGUGGACAAACCAACAGACCUGUGGGAAUUUCUGUUACUGUGAUAAUAAACCUUCACACUCUGACAGCAACUUAUGAUAUUUUCUUAAGUUAGACGUUAUCAAUUGCUUUAAGUGAUGUGCCAAGUCUGUGGCAUCUUGCCAGAUGAGGAGAAAAACUGUGAAUAGACAUAGUUGUGGGAAACAUUGUCACCUCUUAGACACUGCUGACCGGGAUUUGUUCUGUAUUCAAGGAUUGAAAUAAAAAUUUGUGAGUACUACAUCCCUUCAUGUUUCAGUUCUGACUUUGACAUUAUGUUUAAUUCAUACUGAAAAUCCAUUAAUUUCUG